GAUCUUAGAGAUCAUUUUUGGUUCAGCCAGUUCACUGCUUAAAUCUAAACAUAGAGCAUGCCCCAAUUUCCUCGGCUUAUCAUACUUAUCAUGUAAUUCAGUCUCUAGACAUCUUGAAAGCUGUUAUGCUUUGUGUCAAGGCCGUUGUAGUCCCAUCCUAUUCAGAAAAGCUGUUACAAACCAUGUGACCAGACAAACUAAAUUUGGGUUGAAUGCAUCUAAGAUUUAUAAUCUGUAAUCCCCAACUUAAACUGAUAAACAGAAAAUGUUUUCUACUGCUGCAUGGAGGAAUUCCUGCUUACAUCAAUACAGAAUGAUCAAGUAUAUAAUGUUAAAAGGUUAUAUAUUUAGUGAGAUUCCACAGUUCACAGAGUAGUACAGCCAUAGAAAUUAGGGUUUGGAAUUUCACUUCAAGUCUUUUGAACCAGGUUGAAAUGAAUGUUUUCUAGGAGAUCACUCUUGAAAAUGUCAUUUCUAGUUCUUUUUGCUGGGAGAUCUGUUGUUGGGUUCAGAGCUUUUUACAAGCUCGUUUUCUUGAGCAUGUGAUGUUGGAUUUCCUGGGCUACAAAAAUCUAUGGAGUUUAUAAGAAGGACCAACCACAGAAAACAGGCAUAAUAAUAAGAAGUUAAGGGUAUAGUAGUGCUGAUGGAAAUCAUGAAAUUUGCUUGGUUGUAAGUUGAGUAUAUGAGUCUACAGUACUUGGGUAUUUUGUAUAUCUCUCCCUGUUCUAGGCCUGAAAGAUUUAAGGAUAAAAGGGUUUGUGUGGAGAGAGGAAAAGUUGGUUUGAAGGGCAUGGCCUGGUUGAAUAAGGCUCUGUAUCCCAUGAGGAAAGCAAUUGUGGAGGUUACCACUCGCCUGCGUAGUAGAAAAUCAGGAGGAGGACUUGUGAAGCUUCACAAUGAAGUGCAGACAUGUGAUUAUGAAGACAUACAAGUGAUGUGGGAAAUGCUGCAAAAAGCAGAAACUCUGGUUCUGCCAAAAAGGAGGCGUCAUGUCUGGAGACUACGCUUAUCAGUAAGCUUGAAAAGAGGAGGAGGAGGCUCCAGGGCUAAACAGAAGGACCAAAGAUCUAUUUCUCAGGGAAAUUUGGUUAAAUCCGUUCCUUCACCACAUUUCCUUUGUGUCAUGAAAUGAAUGGGCCUUGGCAAGGCUUAUUUAUAUUGAUAGUUUGCUAAUUUAAGAUGUAACAAAUCUAAUACUGUCUAUUGAUCUCUCCAUGAGAUUUAGCUGUUCACAGCAACUCUGUAAAUUUU